UAUACUCAUCUGACGACGUGUACUCUGUCAAUGGCUGCUCGUGGAGAAGAGAAGCAAUGCGUGUUAAUGUGUAAUAUCAACGUUUUGUAAAAGUAAAAAAAAGAAGAAGAAGGGAGAAAUGGACGUGGUGUUAUACGCAGUCGCUGCAGUGAUUCUCCUCCUGCUGAUCUUGUUUGCGUUGAAAGUGCGGGGGCAGGCAGAACAAGCUGAUGACGAGCACGGACAGGAUGUGGUGGCCCGCGCUGCAGUGCGCCCCCCAGUGGUGGAGGAGCGGGGUGCGGGCAUGCCGAGGCGCAGGAGAGGGGUCCGGGGGAUGGAGCACAGACACGCCCACAGGGAGGACUCCGACCACGAGGACCUGAAUGUGGAAGAGGAGCAGGAGGAGGAGCAUCAGUUCCAGGCUGCGGGGAAAGUGGGAGCCAAGAAGCAGAGGAAGAUGGAGGAGAAACAGGCCAGGAGAGCCCAGAGAGAGGCAGAGCUGGAGGAGCGGGAGGAGAGGAGGAGGGCCCAGGAGCUGAGGGAGGAGGAGCGAAGGAAGGAGGAGGAUCAAGAGAGGCUUCUGGAGCGGAGACAGGAGGAAGAUGAGCAGCGGGCGAGGGAGGAGCAGGAGAAGAAGGAGGAGGAAGAGUACCUGCGACUGAAGGAGUCCUUCAUCAUCGAGGAGCAGGGAGUCACUGAGGAGCUGACUGAGCAGGAGUCUCAAAACCUCCUUCAGGAGUUCAUUCAGUAUGUGAAGGACAGCAAGGUGGUUCUGCUGGAGGACCUGGCAUCCCACUUUGGAUUACGCACUCAGGAUGCCAUUUCCAGAUUGCAGGAUCUAAUGGCAGAAGGUUCGCUCACGGGCGUGAUAGACGACAGGGGGAAGUUCAUCUUCAUCACGCCGGAGGAGCUGAGCGCUGUGGCCAGCUUCAUCAGACAGAGAGGGAGAGUGUCCAUCAGCGAGCUGGCCCAGGCCAGCAACUCCCUCAUCAACCUCAGCCCGGAGAUCCGCAACCCUGCCUGAAGAACACACCUUUACAUUGCAAUACAGUUCUUUUCCUGACGCUUUUAUCCAAAGGGCCUUAAAGUUGAUUAGACUAAGCAGGGGCCAAUCCCCCCCCGGAGCAAUGUGAGGGUUAAGGGCCUUGCUCAAGGGCCCCACAGCUGCACUGACCUUAUUGCGGCUACGCUGGGGCUUGUACCAGCCUGUGGCCUGUCCUAGUCUAGCACCUUAGCCAUGAGGCUAUCAGCUGCCCCACAGUGCAUUCUGCUAUGUAGGACUUAUCCAGAGCGACUCGCACAUGUUGCAUUACACAUACAUGUAACAGACACAUACACACAAGAUGUCUGCCCAAAGGACUCUUACAGGUUGUUCAUUUUCCCCUCUUUGUGAAUUUGGUCGAAUAAAAAAAAAUAUAUAUAUUUAUGUUUUUACAGUUCACCUUGUUCUUGUUCACACUUCAUAAUGAGAGAUGCUGUUGUAAUUAUUGUACUUCUAAAAAUGUUGUUGGUUAUGAUGACAGUCGUCACAUGCUUAGUACCUACAAGUGUGUUUUUUGUUAUACUUACAAAGGGCCAAUUUCAUCCAAGUUGGCAUAUCAAUAAAGUUUUUGAGUUUAUAAAUA